AUGAUUGCCAGGAGCGGAGGAAUUCAGCUGCUCCGGCAUGGUACCCGAAGGCCUAUCCGGUCGAGGUCUUGCGUUCGCACAUUCAGCAGUCCAUCCGCAACAUCUGUCAAUACCGCAGCAAGCCCAGCGCAUCCACUCGCCAGCGUCACCACUCAGCUUGACCGGGUCUCUCCCCGGUUUGAGAUCGAUCCGUCCGCUGUCACCAUCCUCAACUCGCCCGCAGCAUUCUACAAGACACUAAAAGACAAAAUCCACGGUGCUCGUCGACGCAUAUAUUUGUCGACCCUCUAUAUAGGCAAGACCGAGCACGAAUUGAUCACGACUCUUGAUGAGGCGCUCCGUGAUAAUCCUGAUCUCCAGGUGUCAAUAUUGACAGACGCUCUGCGGGGAACACGAGAAUCACCAGACCCUUCAUGUGCCUCGCUUCUGGCAAAUUUGGUUAUCAGCCAUGGGGAACGGAUCAAGAUCUCCAUGUUUCAUACACCCAAUCUGGUCGGAUGGCGGAAGAAGUAUAUUCCUCGCCGCAUCAAUGAAGGAUGGGGUCUCCAGCACAUGAAGCUGUAUGGGUUUGAUGACGAGAUCAUGCUUUCUGGGGCCAACCUUUCUAGCGACUACUUCACCAACCGCCUGGACCGAUAUCACGUCUUUUCCUCAAAAGAGCUUACAGAUUAUUAUUACAAGGUACAUGAUGCAGUGUGUGGACUGAGCUAUCGAUUGCGGCCUUCCAAAGAAGCACCGGAUGGCUUCACGCUCGAGUCGCCCCUGCAUAGAGGCCUUCCCGACCCCGUCUGGCAUCCCAAGCGGUUCAAAGCGUAUGCAAAGACUGUCCUCGAACCCCUGAUUCACAAGCCUGCACGACAAAGUAUGUUCCCUGUGAGCUUCUCCAGGGAGAAAACCUUCGUGUACCCAGUCGCACAGUUCGACAUUCUCCUAGGAGAAGCAAACAACCAAUCCUUCGGCGACUAUGAAUUCGCCUCGUACACCUCUACCGAAAAACCGACUCUGAUCAAACUCCUCAGAAGCCUGGCGGAGAACCCAGAGCUCCGCAACUGUAACUGGACCUUCACAGCCGGGUACUUCAACAUCGACCCUGAAAUCUCCCAGCUGCUCAUUGAAUCUGCCCCUGAAAGUGCCAAGACAUUAGUGCGUGUACCCGAACAAUCGACCCAUUCUCAACCCCCUUGCACAGUCAUCACAGCCUCACCAUGGGCAAACGGCUUCUUCGGCUCCGCCGGUAUAUCCGGCAUGCUUCCGGCCGCAUACACCUUACUCUCACGUCGCUUCCUGCGUGAUGUCGCGGCUGCUGGCCGUGAAUCCAGCAUCCAUUUGAAAGAGUGGCGGAGAGGCACAGUUGGCGAGCCAGGCGGAUGGACGUACCACGCUAAGGGGCUGUGGGUAACCCUUCCACCUACCCAAGUAGCCUCUUCCGUCUCAGACUCUGAAAACGAAGACAACCGAUUUUCAGCCGUGGAAGGCCCAAGCAUCACUCUAAUUGGAAGCAGCAACUACACCAAGCGAAGCUACAGUCUCGAUCUAGAGAUUGGCGCGCUGGUCGUGACGGGCGAUAAAAAGCUGCAGCGGAAAUAUAAAGAGGAGACCGAAUGGUUACAGCAAGACGCGGUCGUGGUGACGAAAGAUGAUCUGAUGAAGGUGGAGAGGAGGGUAGGGUUGAAUGUUAGGAUUGCCAUGUGGUUGGUGGAGAGAUUGGGUGGAGCACUUUGA